AUGUUUGGCAAAGAUGUAGAGAAGACGCCAAAUCGGAGGCAGUCGUCACCAUGUCCCUCUGAAGGCAAUCCCGAGGACCCUCAGAACCUCCAUCCCACUAUCUCCAACACAAACGCCCCUCCUCCAGUCUUUGAUCCUGAAAGCUUCGAUCCUCCAGAUGGAGGCUUCACAGCCUGGUCCCAAGUUCUUGCUGGUGUCUUCAUCAAUUGCUUGGCAUGGGGCUACCCCGCCUCUUUUGGUGUAUACCAGCUUCACUAUGAAGAAUCGCUUGGAUUGCCCUCGUCACAAAUCUCGUGGAUCGGUUCCUGCCAGACUUUCCUGACGUUCGCAUUCUGUGGUCCAGCCGGCCGUCUUGCCGAUGCUGGAUACACCAGAGAGACUGUCGCAUUCGGAAGCUUCCUGGCUAUCCUGGGAACCUUCAUGACCAGUCUAUGUAAGGAGUACUGGCAAAUAUUCCUGUCUCAAGGUGUCUGCACAGGUAUCGGCCUAGCCCUGCUAUUCAUGCCUGCUGUGACUGUUGUUGGUUCUUAUUUCAAAGCCAAGAAGGCAUUUGCUCUGGCGUUGGCUGCCACAGGCACUGGCCUGGGAUCCAUCAUUUUCCCUGCCACUCUCCAAUAUCUCAUCCCACAAAUCGGCUUUCCAUGGGCUGUCCGCUGUGCUGGUUUUGUCGCUCUCGUUUUGAUUGUCGCCGCAAAUCUCAUACUUAAGCCGUACCUCGCCCCGAGAAAAUCAGGGCCUUUGAUAGAAUGGGAAGCCUUCAGGGAACUCCCCUAUUUGCUCAAACAGAUCAAUGUUUAUGCUCGCAAUGUAAUUGGGUUUACAUCAGUCGAAGCUGUCAGCUUGCUACUAAUUGUGAACGCAAUGAGUAUUCCCGCGCGGCCUAUAAUGGGUUACCUAGCAGACAAUGUCUUGGGACCGAUAAACGCAUUCCUUAUUGGGAUGACUGCGCUUAGCGUCAUGGUGUACUGCUGGAUUGGCGUCAAGUCCGUCGCCGGUAUGUACGCUUUCUGCGUCUUCUUUGGAUUUGUGAACGGCGCGUGCCAGGGAACAUUCGUCGGUGCUAAUGCGAGCUUGACCAAAGAUCCGCGCAAGAUGGGUACUCGCUUCGGUAUGGUUCAGACAAUCUCUGCAUUUGCCAGUUUGGCCGGACCACCGACUGCUGGUGCCAUCCUGGAUAAAUCGAAUGGAAAUUUUGUAUAUGCACAGAUUUGGGGUGGUACUGUGUUUUUGUUUGGUGCUCUUAUGAUUGCUUCAUCUAGAGUUGCGUCAACCGGAUUUGUUCUGAUGAAAAAGAAAUAAGAGGAGGAAAGAUUGGGUAUAUACAAGGAUACAACGGUUCGGCACUCAUGAUUGAAUUAGGGAACAUGGACUUUUGAGCACGGCAAUAAGUAAAUG